ACCAUGCCGCUGUUCGCGUUCCGCCGUCAGCCCUUCAAAGCCCUCUACCUGACCAAAACCGUCGCGUCCCUGCUCGUCCGCCUUCCUUUCUGGGCUGCGACGAACUUCAUUCCCUCUUGGCGUCCACGUACAUCAUGGACACUCGGACGGGUCAUCAUCGUCAAGCUCGUAGAAGUCUACCUUGACUUCAUGUACGCCACCGAAAUCAUUCGAGGCCCGUCCCUGCAGGAAUCCUCCGAAACAGCUGAAGCGACGGGCUUUGUAUGGGUGGAGGCUACGCCGGACCUCAUCAUUGGUGAUAUCCUACAAAUGGCUGAGAAGAAUCAUGUGGAAGCUGUCCGGACGGGCGGGUUCUGGCACGGUCCUCGUGGAACUAACGGCGAGGUCGGGCAGAAAGCAGCCAAAGGCGAAAAGGUCAUCUAUCAUUUGCACGGCGGAGGCUAUGUCACAGGCAGUGGGGGGCCGACGAACACGCAUCUCAUGGUCUGCUUUGAAGGCUUCCACACCUACUGUCAAAGCGACAUCCGCAUUUUCGCGCCCGAGUAUCGCCUCGUUUCCGCACCACCAUUUCCCGUCAUCCCAUACCCGGCCUGUUUGAUCGACGUUAUCGCCGGUUUCCGCUACUUAGUCGAGGACGUGGGGUUCACGCCGGACAACAUCCUUAUCAGUGGCGACUCCGCGGGAGGUAGUUUGGCUUUCGGACUUGCGUACUACCUCCACACAUACCAAGACCAACUCGUGCUCUCCAGAGCUACACCGUCGGAUACAACCGCGAAACAAGCCAGGCUAAGCAACGCAGGCGGCGUGUUGCUCGUGUCACCAUCGGUAGACUGGACCAUUGCACAUUCAAUGGGCCCUGGCUCGUCCAUAAACAAACAUCGGCGGUCUGACUACGUGUAUCCCAUCUUCGCGAAUGGGUACACGGUUCGGGCACUCGCCGGAAACCUGCCGGAGGAGACCGUCACGGCGGGCAUCUACAUUUCGCCUGGCUCGCUUGGGUUCAAGCACUCUCUGGGCACGUUCGCUGGUUUGCCGCGGAUGUGCAUUGUCGCUGGCGGUGCGGAGCAGACAGUCGACGCGAUGCGCACUCUGAGGGAUAGGCUGAAAACAGACAUGGGGGAGGAGAAGGUGCGGUAUAUCGAGGAGCCGGACGCGGCGCAUGAUUGCGUGAUAGCUGCAUGGCAAGAACCCGAGAGGACGAAUGUGUUCAAGCAGAUAGCGGAGUGGAUGCGAGAGCCUGCCGCUACUGAAUGAGUCUUGUUACAAGCCACUGAUACGUCGUGAGAUUCACAUAAUUGUUAUAGAGAGUAGUGUUCUAAUCAAACGCGAGAAAAGCACAGUAUCUACACGAGUCUGACAGGUCGACAGUUAUCAAAGCG